UCCCCGCCAACCCAAUCAAUCAUUAACAUGUUGGUGACCUUUCCACAGUCAUCCGGAGUCAAAUUAGCAAGCAACUGUAUCGAGGUGUUCGACCAGAUGAAGAUGCGUAAACAGCAUGGACUUGUGUUUUACAAGAUGAAUGAAAAGUCAACAGAGAUUGUUGUAGAGAAGACAUUCCCAACUGAUGUACCAUUCUCAACAUUCCUCGAGGAGUUGCCAACUGAUCAAUGUAGAUAUGUAUUGGUCGAUUUUGCCUACACCGACAACUCAUUGCUAAAGAAGAAGAAUCUAGUAUUUGUCUCAUGGUGUCCAAGCAAAGCAUCCACCAGGAACAAGAUGAUACACGCCGCUUCAAGAGACGCCAUCAGGAAGGCACUAGUAGGAAUCAAGGCCGAGGUUCAAGGUUGUGGUCUAUCCGAAGUCCAAGAGGACAACAUCACCGAGAAGUUGUUAAGGUUGUAA